GUUGCGAGACAAAGGUCGUCCGGCUGCUGAUACUGACUCCGCAGAGAACCAGCAGCCAUCAGACCCUUCCAGACGAGCACCUCAUGGCCACUAUGACCGAGACGACUGCGCCGGCGGCGCCAGAGAGCUACAAGCUGGAGCUGAUGUCUGCUUACGGCCCAGUUUAUCGCGAUGUCCUCCGCACGCCCGCGAGAAACUGCACGUCGUCAGAGGUGCCCGUCAUCGACCUGACCAACCUCAGCGGCACAGAGGAACAGCGCCGCGCUUUGGCAGAGACCAUCAGGGAAGCGUCGGAGAACACGGGUUUCUUUUACAUCAAGAACCACGGCAUUCCCAGAGAGGUCAUCAACGCCGCCUUUGCCCAGGCCCAAGCCUUCUUCACGCAACCCGAAGAGAAGAAGGUCGCCGUCUCCAACCGCAAGUCCAAGUUCUUCAACGGCUGGGCACGCAAGUACGACAUCAAGAUCUCGCCGACCGACAAGCCAGACAACCGCGAAGGUUUCAGCUUUCGCUACGACCCCCGCCAUGACCCAGAGACAAAAGACCCUGCCGCUGUGCCCGCGGACGUGCAGAAAUGGCUCAAAGUCGAGGACUUUGUGUGGGACGGCACCGCCCACCUCCCCAACUUCAAGCAGGACAUGGUGUCGUACUGGCAGGAGUGUAUCACACUGGCGCGUCGCAUGAUCAGAAUGUUCGCACUGGCGUUGGACGCCCCCGAAAACUACUUUGAUAACCUAGUCACAUACCCUGGAAGUGACAGCGUCUUCAACUACUACCCCAAGAACGAGGGCUCGGCAGAGGGCCUCGUCGACGUUGGCCUGGGCGCCCACACUGACCUGCAGUGCUUUACAUUCCUCUGGCAGGACGAUGUUGGCGGUCUGCAGGUGCUGAACAAGGACGGACAGUGGGUGAAAGUGCCCCCCAUGCAGGACACGUUCGUGGUCAACAUUGGCGACUUUAUGAACCGGCUGUCCAACGACCGCUUCAAGUCGACCGUGCACCGCGUGUACAACCACGCGCCCCAGGAUCGCUACUCGAUGCCGUUCUUCUUCGGACUGAACCACAACGAGCAGUGUGCCGUCUUGCCGUCGUGCACGAGCGAGACAAACCCGGCCAAGUAUGAGCCGAUAAGUUGCGGCGAAUGGUGUCGCCUGCGCUUCGAAAAGACAUUUGAAGUCUCCAAAUCAAGCUCUUGACUGCACUAAGCCUCGAUCACCAAGACUCUGCACACCAAAAGCAUAGCGAACUUGACAAAGUUAAACAAAUAAUAAAUGAAAACGAAAUGUUUGCUGAGUGUUUGCCAUUUUCAUACAAACCCGCGGGUCCGCUUUUAGGACGGGGAAAACCCAAG